CGUCCAUCAACGUCAGCCUCGGCAUGCUCGAGGUUUCUGUUGCAGCUUUGUGCUUCUGUGAAAGUACUGGUACUGAAUUCGAUCCCGCAGUGCUGCUGCAUACUUAGCAAUGUUAUUUAUAUCUUCAAGUCCUUGAGGCGAUACAGAAAGCGCAGGAACACGAGGCUCCGUUCAUAUAUAAGCCAUCGAGUAACGAGACCACGAAGCUAACACCCCCCAUCUCUUCGAUAUUCAGGCAACUUAUAAGAUGCGCCUUUCUCCCGUCUUAGCAUUCCUCGUCACAUCUCUGGCCCUUGCGCCUCAAGCCCAUGCAGGCCCUAUCGCCUAUGGUAUAUGCCAAACUGGCUGUAAUGUCCUAGCUGUUGCGUGCUAUGCAGCUGCUGGAUUCACGUUUGGGACGGUCGCAGCACCUGCUGCACCUGCUGCGAUCGUUGCCUGCAACUCUGGACUCGGAACGUGCUCUGCUGCAUGCGCUUCUGUGGCUCUGCUUGCGCCAACCCCGUGAUAGACUGCCUGUAGUAGAAUGUGUACAUUUGGAUCCCGUGUAAUAAGUAUAUGAUAUAUGCACCAUCUCAAGAUGAAAGUGUGUGCGUCGAAGUAUCCGCCUUAUACCGGAAGAGAAGACAAUUUUGUAGCUGUAUGAAACGUAUAGGGCUCCGAGUCAGCAUCCACGAGCUGGGAAGGACGCUUCUAUCCCUUGAUUCCCUUUCGCAGGCUGCCGAGGAAUGACCUGGCAAGUAGAAAGACGACGUGAAGAUCAGCCUGGGAAGGCGGAUCCAUUG